AUGUUCACCCGAUAUUGCCAUAUGUCAGUGAUUGUGGCGCUCGACAGCCCGAAGCGUCCAUUUUUGCUCUACUCAUCACAUUUUUUCUGCACACUUGUGUUGAGAUAUCAUCAGAUCGUAGCCAUUGUAGGCAACGAAGAGUACUGUCAGUCACUAUCGCUGUCACCGGAUAUUAGAGUGAAAAUACUUUUUUACAAUAAGGUGGCAAUCGGUCUAUCGACGCAUAUGUCGGCCGCGUGUAUAGUCUUCAUUAUCGGCCCAUUUGUGUUCGCCAUUCACACGUGGAUAUCGUUUUGGUUCAGUCCACUCAUACAUCCAAUAUCUGUGGCAUAUUAUCGACUGUUUAUCACAAUUGUUUCGGUGGUGUCUGUGAUAGCGUUGGUUCACUUCACUCUCUGGUCAAUCGCAUUGUUUAAGGGAAAGUCAUUUAAAUCUGGACGACAGAAGUGGUCGGACAAAGACGGCGGGUAUAAUCAGCACGUGAUCGCUGCCGGAGCCGAAUGGCUGUAUAUUCUGACCGUUUCUUUAUAUUGUGUUUCAUUAAUCGGCGAAAUAAGAAGAUUGAAAUUCAUUAGAAUUUUCUGUACACAUGUUUUGAGAUAUCAUCAGAUCGUAGCCAUUGUAGGCAACGAAGAGUACUGUCAAUCACUAUCGCUGUCACCGGAUAUGAAAGAGAAAAUACUUUUUUACAAUAAGGUGUCAAUGGGUUUGUCAGUCUGUAUGAGUCUUUCGCUCAUAUCUGUUGCUAUUUUCAAUAUACAUGACUACAUGUGGCCACACAUGUUAGCAGCGUUUAUGGUCUUUAUAAUCGGCCCCAUUCUGUACGCCAUUCACACGUGGAUAUCGUAUUGGUUCAGUCCUCUCAUCACUUCUAUGUCUGUCGUUUAUUAUCGACUGUUUAUCACAAUUGUUUCGGUGGUGUCUAUGAUUGUGUGCCUUCAGUGCACUUUCUGGUCAAUGCUAUUGUUAAGGGAAAAAUCAUUUAAAUCUGAACGACAGAAGUGGACGGACACCGACGGCGGGUAUAUUCAGCACGUGAUCGCUGCCGUAGCCGAAUGGCUGUAUAUUCUUGAUUGCGCCCAAAGACCACCCGAAGCCUCCAUUUUUGCUGAACUCAUCUCAUUGUUGGCCAUUUCAUUUUUCUGUACAAUUGUGUUGAGAUAUCAUCAAAUCCUAGCCAUUGUACGCAAUGUCGGGUUCUGUCAGUCACUAUCGCUUUCGCUUAAAACAAAAGAGAAGAUAUUGUUUUAUAAUAACGUCUCGAUGUGUCUAUCGGUAGGCAUAAGCAUAUCUCUCAUAUCCGUCGCCUCUUUCCGAGUGAUGGAAAACCUGAGACUUCACUCGUUGGGAGCCCUCAUGUACUUUAUAUUUGGUCCCAUUCUGUACGCCAUUCACACGUGGAUCUCGUUUUGGUUCAGUCCUCUUAUCAACUCUGUGUCCGUCGCUUAUUAUCGACUGUUUGUCACAAUUAUAUCCAUGUUAUCGCUUGUGCUGUACAUUGCGUUCACUUUCUGGUCGUAUCUCUUGUUUGAAAAGGAUUUUCGAACUCAAAGACAGAAGUGGACGGACAGAGACGGCGGGUAUAUUCAGCACGUGAUCGCUGCCGGAGCCGAAUGGCUGUAUAUUCUACAUAAUAUUAGGUCAACGGAUGAUGUGAAAAACACAGGAGUUCAAGAUCCGUGUUGUUUAGUUGAGGGACGAAAUUUUCGUGCUGUUUAUGUAACCGCUCACGAAUUGGGCCACACGCUUGGAAUGCAGCAUGAUGAAAUUAUUGGCUGUGGCAAAGGGCAUAUAAUGUCCGGACAGACCGGCCCCGGAAAGAACCAGUGGUCUGACUGUAGCGUUAGGUUUAUGUCCGCAUAUUUACAAAGCAUUAGAGGAAGACAUAAUUUGGUAAAUCGUGACAUAAUAUCCACUUCAGAACAAGGCUUAGCACAUAUAAAUGCUACUUGCAACUGGACUAGUGGAAACUUUAAUCCUUGCUGUUUGGUCCAGGGACGGAGUUAUCGGGCAGUGUUCGUAGCUGCACAUGAAUUGGGACAUAAUCUAGGGAUGGAUCACGACGAGGACAACAACUGCGGAAGCGAUUACAUAAUGUCGGUGAGUACGGGCGCCGGAAAGACACUGUGGUCUGACUGUAGUCUACGAUUUAUGGCCCAAUAUGUGGAUAGUGUUAAACAAAAUUACAACAAAACAAAAAUGUUUAGCAAAAAAUGCAUAAUUUUGAUGAUAUUAUUAUCGCAUACACUGCUGGCCAUCGCGAAGACGGGCGCCAGCGAUGACAAGAAGAAGGAUACCGUCAAAAGUCGCAGUAAAGCCAAGGAAGAGAAGGACGAAAAGAGUGGCGACAAAAAGACAAAGGGAAAGGUAGUGAAGAAUACGUACAAAAAGGGACCGGAAUUAACGCCCGAACAGUUGGAGUUCUCGAAGACGUUCUUCAAGAAU